AAUGGUUCAAUUGUUUAAUAGAUUGAUAGGGAUAAUAAAAUUGAUGUGAAAAAAUUCUCCAUUUUUAAUAUUCAGCUUUGUGCAGUGUAAUGAAAACCUAUUCAUGCAUUUCCAAGUUGGUUUGGUUUGAGGAUGUGAUAGGCCCAGAGAAUAUAAUGGGCAUUUUCCUGAAUGUUAAAUAUAAAGCUAACUUUACUGCACUGUCACAUAAACGUGGACUGAGUCAUUUGUCUCGUUUUUGUUUUCCCAACAUUUCUUUAGAAAAUGAAAAUGCUUUAGACGGAAUGUGCACGGACCAUGUAACAGCACAACAAAUGUUGAGUUUAGAUAGUGACUUGUUACACAUAGUAAAGUAUUUGUAUUUAUUGAAGGAAUAUAUGUAGCCGGUAUGCAGGUAGACAGUGGCCCGUGCUCAUGUUUAUUUAUAACUUAUACAUAAUUUGUCAUUUAAAAAGCUUUAAUCUAUAGACAAUGUUACACAGGACCCUAAUUAUUUAGUCAACACUCAGCACUGAGUGUUCGGAAUCUUAACAUCUCACAAAAGGCUGGCAUUUUAUUUUGAAAUUAGAAUUUAGAAUUGGAAUUGGAAUGGUGUGUGUAUGUCAUCGUGCAGCCAGGACAACUACUCAGAUUUACUCAGACGUUAAAGAAGAUGUUAAACUCUAACGUGCAGACAUGCAGUCUUUACUUAAACUGUGUUGUGCAGAAGAUAUGUUUUGUGAGAACAUAUUAAUAAAGGAAUGGACUUCUGGCUUGAAGACAGCUAUGGUAGAUCAGUGCACACAGACAGAUCAGUGGUUACCGCCACCUCUGGUGAAAGCUACCGCACACCACUACCACUGUCCAGAAGCUUCUCCUACAACUUCCAUAACAGCUCUCCCUGAAAAAAGAAAGGAGCUCCUAGAGCAGCUUGAAGUACAGAAGAGUAACACUUCUGGAAAUGCUCAGGUGGAGCAACUCCCCAUGCUCUGGGCUCCUGCUCCACCCACUGUCCCCAGAAGUGAACAAAGGUUGCUGCCAGCCCCGCAGGAGAGACUAAUGCUUAUAAAUGCUCAUCAGCCCGACAUCAACACACCAUGCGGGUCUCUGCUGGCGAUUGAGUAUGUGGAGAACUUAGGUUUGACGCAACCUGUCUGCUUACCUCCAGAGAAAAUUACAAACUGUAAGGCCUCCAUCUUGCACAGCAUGCCUAACGCUCAUUCUGCAGACAAGUGUGGAUGCUCCGAAUGCCAGGCCCUCUACAGUCCUGAGACAGAUCAGUGCUUACAGACAGAUCAGUGUUUACAAACAGAUCAGUGCUUACAGACAGAUCAGUGCAUACAGACAGAUCAGUGCUUACAGACAGAUCAGUGCACACAGACGGAUCAGUGCACACAGACGGAUCAGUGCACACAGACAGAUCAGUGGUUACCUCCACCUCUGGUGAAAGCUACCGCACACCACUACCACUGUCCAGAAGCUCCUCCUACAACUUCCAUAACUGCUCUCCCUGAAAAAAGAAAGGAGCUCCUAGAGCAGCUUGAAGUACAGAAGAGUAACACUUCUGGAAAUGCUCAGGUGGAGCAACUCCCCAUGCUCUGGGCUCCUGCUCCACCCACUGCCCCCAGAAGUGAACAAAGGUUGCUGCCAGCCCCGCAGGAGAGACUAAUGCUUAUAAAUGCUCAUCAGCCCAACAUCAACACACCAUGCGGGUCUCUGCUGGCGAUUGAGUAUGUGGAGAACUUAGGUUUGACGCAACCUGUCUGCUUACCUCCAGAGAAAACUGCAAACUGUAAGGCCUCGAUCUUGAACAGCAUGCCUAACCCUCAUUCUGCAGACAAGUGUGGAUGCUCCGAAUGCCAGGCCCUCUACAGUCCUGAGACAGAUCAGUGCUUACAGACAGAUCAGUGUUUACAAACAGAUCAGUGCUUACAGACAGAUCAGUGCAUACAGACAGAUCAGUGCUUACAGACAGAUCAGUGCACACAGACGGAUCAGUGCACACAGACGGAUCAGUGCACACAGACAGAUCAGUGGUUACCUCCACCUCUGGUGAAAGCUACCGCACACCACUACCACUGUCCAGAAGCUCCUCCUACAACUUCCAUAACUGCUCUCCCUGAAAAAAGAAAGGAGCUCCUAGAGCAGCUUGAAGUACAGAAGAGUAACACUUCUGGAAAUGCUCAGGUGGAGCAACUCCCCAUGCUCUGGGCUCCUGCUCCACCCACUGUCCCCAGAAGUGAACAAAGGUUGCUGCCAGCCCCGCAGGAGAGACUAAUGCUUAUAAAUGCUCAUCAGCCCGACAUCAACACACCAUGCGGGUCUCUGCUGGCGAUUGAGUAUGUGGAGAACUUAGGUUUGACGCAACCUGUCUGCUUACCUCCAGAGAAAAUUACAAACUGUAAGGCCUCCAUCUUGCACAGCAUGCCUAACGCUCAUUCUGCAGACAAGUGUGGAUGCUCCGAAUGCCAGGCCCUCUACAGUCCUGAGACAGAUCAGUGCUUACCGCCACCUCUGGUGAAAGCUACCGCACUCCACCGUCCAAAGGUUCCUCCUACAGCUUCCAGAAAAGCUCUACCUGGAAAAAGAACGAAGCUCCUACAGCAGCUUAAAGUACAGAAGAGUAACACUUCUGGAAAUGCUCAGGUGGAGCAACUCCCCAUGCUCUGGGCUCCUGCUCCAACCACUGUCCCCAGAAGUGGACGAAGGUUGCUGCCAGCCCCACAGGAGAGACUAAAGCGUAUAAAUGUUCAUCAGCCCAACAUCAACACACCAUGCGGGUCUCGAUGGGUGACUGAGUAUUCGGAAAACUUUGGUUCGCCACAAGUUGUCCACAUACCUCCGGAGAAAACUGCACGCCGUUUGGCCUCAACCUUUCGGAGCAUACCUAACCCUCAUUUUGCAGACAAGUAUCGACGCUCCGAGUAUCAGGACCUCUACAGUCCUAAGAUACCACACCGCACCGCACAUUUCAGCCUUGCUCUGUACCGACAGCUCAAAGGAACACUUUAAAAAGCAGGUAUCCGGGUGGCAAAUGUAAAAAAUUCAUGAAGCUUGUUCGGGACCACAACGUCAGUAUUCCACUUUUUACUUUUGCUGCCCAAUUCUCCAUGGAUGUAUGAGUAUGAGAAUAACUGCACAUUCUUUGGCCUAAUCACAUCAGGACAGCCAGUCUAUUUGCAGAGAAGUACACACAUACAACACCAGAGCUUCUAAUGGCCAACAAAAUUACAUAAAGAAAAAUUCCCCCAGACUUUCACAGGCAGACUUAAGAAAUGGCAGAGGAUGGUCUUCUUACCGAUAGAUGGCAUCUUUGAGCUAACAAAGCACGCCUUAAAGUUGUUAUUCUUUCUGAAAUCGUCUGGGUUACGCAAGUAACCCUGUUCCCUGAGAAGGGAACAAGACGUUGCGUUUAGCAUAACAGUAUGGGAGCGUCCUUGCGUAUCUGAAGCUGGUGUAAAAUCAUGCCUCUAUUUAUAGGCCUGCCAUGAUCAGGUGACGUGGCAAUUAAGCGCGUCACGUGAUAUAUACAGUGGCGCUUGAAAGUUUGUGAACCCUUUCGAAUUUUUCUAUAUAUCUGCAUAAAUAUUACCUAAAACGUCAUAAAACUUUCACAUAAAUCCUAAAAGCAGACAAAGAGAACCCAAUUAAACAAAUGAGAUAAAAAUUAUCAUACUUGUACAUUUAUUUAUUGAGGAAAACGAUCCAAUAUUACAUAUCUGUGAGUGGCAAAAGUAUGUGGACCUCUAGGAUUAGCAGUUCAUUUGAAGGUGAAAUUAGAGUCAGGGUGUUUUCAAUCAAUGGGAUAAUAAUCAGGUGUGAGUGAGCACGCUGUUUUAUUUCAAGAAUGAGGAUCUAUCAAAAUCUAAUCUUCACAACAUGUUUGUGGAAGUGUAUCAUGGCAAGGAGAUUUCUGAGGACCUCAGAAAAAGAGUUGUUGAUGUUCAUCAGGCUGGAAAAGGUUACAAAACCAUCUCGAAAGAGUUUGGACUCCACCAAUCCACAGUCAGACAGAUUGUGUACAAAUGGAGGAAAUUUUAGACCACUGUUACCUUCCCCAGGAGUGAAGACCAACAAAGAUCACUCCAAGUGCAAGACCUAUAAUAGUCCGCGAGUUCACAAAGGAGCCAGGGUAACUUCUAAACAACUAAAGCCCUCUCUCACAUUGGCUAAUGUUAAUGUUCAUGAGUCUACCAUAAAGAGAACACUGAACAACAAUAGUGUGCAUGGCAGGGUUGAAAAGAGAAAACCACUGCUCUCCAAAAAGAACAUUGCUGCCCGUCUGCAGUUUGCUAAAGAUCAUGUGGACAAGCCAGAAGGCUAGUAGAACAAUAUUUUGUGGAUUGAUGAGACAAAAAUACAUUUUUUGGUCUAAAUGAGAAGCGUUAUAUUUGGAGAAAGGAAAACACUGCCUCUAUUAUCUGAAGCGAAGACACAAUUCACAGGCCUGCCCUGGUAUGACAAAGCUAUGCAACAGCUCGUUCCCUUCUCAGGGAACAGGGUUACCCCAGACGUUCCCUUUCAAAGGGAACUCAAUGUUGCGUUUAGCAUAACAGUAUGGGAACAAGAAUAACCACUCCGUCAUACCGAGAGUAUGGCCUGUUCAAAAAGACCCAAGCCCUCGGGUCACUGCAAGACACUCGAGCCUGGGGCAGAAUGAAUAUCCAGACUGUAAUAACGAAUGUGGACAGGCUUUGGACAAAGCCUUUGAGGAGAUGACCGUCCUAGUGGAAUGAGCCCUUAUGCCCAGAGGCAUAGCAAGACCGCGCGCCUCAUAAGCAAUAGAGAUUGCUUCCACUAUCCAAUUAGAGAUGCGCUGAUUUGACACAGCAUCACCUCUACUGUCGCCGCCAAAGCAGACCAGCAGCUGCUCCAACUUACGCCACUGGCCGGUGCGGUGGACAUAAGUACAGAGAGCCCUUACUGGACCAAGCAGGUGCAUUCUCUCUUGUUCUGGUGUGAGGAACGGAAGACAGAAAGCCUGCAACAGCACAGGGUGGGCAGCCGAUCUAGGCACUUUAGGAAUAUAAUCCGGCCUAGGAUACAGGAAGGCCUUGGCUAAUCCAGGGGCAAAGUCAAGGCAGGAAGGGGCAACAGAGAGAGCUUGUAGAUCCGAUAGUUCUGCCUUUUAUGCCUUCUUUUAAAUUAAUAACAAUUAAUUCCACAAUUCUGAAGGAAAUGCAAAUAAAAACUUUAUUCUCUCCAUUUCAACAAGUUGUUUCACAGUAACUGGUCUCAUAAACAGAAAACACAUUACUCAAAUUAACAUUAACACAUUAACUAAAUUCUGAAGAUUAAAGUAAGAUUUCUUAACUUAUUGAAAUGUUAUUAAUUCAUAUUAACAGAAUUAAUUGACUGAAUUCUAAAAAACCUCCUGUUAGUCUCACAUUCACUCACCACAAACAAAAGCAUUUCUACUUCAUCACUGAACAUCAAACUGGUAGUAUAUAAUAUAAACUUUUUUAUAUAUUAACUUAACUGGAUAUGAAAUAUACUACUCUACAAAUAUA